UUUAUUGGUAAGAUUCGAGAGUUCGAGGGUGAGUCGCACUAAAGAAAACUGCCGGCAGCGAGAGCAGAUCUGUCUCGCUUCACUAUCAAUGUGAGGGCGAACCAGUUCUGAAUAAUAAUAAGAAGAAAUGGCAUCACCACCGCCGCCGCCACCACCACCACCUCCACAACCACCAUCACCACCCUCUGCCUCCAAUUCCCAGAACUCCGCGACUCCAAUAAUGCCCCCAAAGGUUGAAGAUGGUGCUGUCAAGACUGGUGUUCCCGAUGUCCCCCAGGAAAAGCCCGACGUAGCUCAUUUCCAGAUACUUGACAGUGCAGAAAUCAUGGACAAAUACAGGAAAUAUGAAGCUGACUACACCCAUCGUUUGAUGGCAAAAUACUUCUCUAAGAAGAAUCUUUAUGGCGUUUAUGCUCAAUUAGUAUGCCUACAAUUCUUGAAUUUGAUUUGGAUAGAUUGUCCCUUCAUAGGAGACGUAUUUGAUGAGAGAUUGAGAAUGGGUGAUGAGACUAUAAUGUCAAGCAGGUGGCCUUCUACUCAAUCAUUUGCUGACCCAGUGAAGGGCUUUGAGGAACAGGGCAACGUUGGUUCAACAUCAGAAGGCUGAUUAGCGUCUCCAAUGGAAGCACCCACCAAGGAGAACAGUAGCUUCCUUCUUCUCAAAUGCGGUAUUGUAUAUAGCUAGAUAUGAAUGAUGUAGACAAAGAUAUAAAAUGAACAAAAAUUUCAUCCUAAUUUCCCAUCCACGUGUUAGAAAUGGCAAUAUUGAUGCAUUUGUGUCUUCAAGCUUAGCAAUCAAGCCAUUGCAUCUGUUAUUCAAUAUUAAUACCUUUCUAGUUAUCAAAAAGAAAAGUCAUGUUCAUUAUUCA